AUGUACUUCAUUAAAAUUUUUAUUCCAGACUUCAUAUUGGUCCCAGUUGCGGAGCUCAACAAAGCGCUUGAUGAGAUUGGAUAUCUUCGCAACGAACUUGGAGCCUAUGAACGAGAGUUCUGGCGCACUCAAGGUGAAGUCAAUGGACUAACCACUGCACGCGGCUUUCACAAUCAACUGAGGACUCGAUCCAAGCAUAAUAUGAUGCAAGCCCUCAGAGCUCAGGCUCUGUAUGCUCAUCAUGGAGCACAGGCCGGCGGGAGGGGAACGAUCCGUGAACAAGCUCUCAAUUUUCGAGGGGUUGAACAAGAUCAGAGACGACGAGUACCCAUCCGUCAAGAUGUUUCUGAGCGAAAAAAAUCAAGCCGCUUUCGAUGA